AUGGGCUAUAACGACGAGCACGGAAUCUUUGUCAUUGGUACCCCAGGGUACGGGUCCUCUGAGGACGUAGCGGCCCAUGUUGCCGCUCAGAAGCUUGCAGUGGAGGGCACGCCAUUGUCCGGCGUCUAUGCUGUGAUCAAGUACGAGUAUAGAGCUGAUCUAAUUGUCGCACAAGUCGAACCUUUGAUGGACUUCCUGGGCACCGACGAAGUGCGCGUAAUUGUAACCCACACCGACACUGCACCUCCAGGGGCCGACCCUCCCGAAGCUCUCGGAGCCAAAGUGGCCGAUAGACUAGGCAUCCGGAAGGAGCACAUUACUUUCAUCGAAAAAGAUACAGAAGGAUGCGUUCUUGCGCAAUUCAUUGCUAGAACACUUCACGAGCCAAUAGAAUUCAAAGUGAGCUCCACCCAGAUUGCAGCUCUAACAGGCCUGUCUGGUAUUCGGAAGUACAACAAGCCCAUCAAUCUCGUGCUUGCCAGGAUCAAAGUGGCCAGCGACGCCUGCCACAAAUUGGUGGAAGCGAGCAAGUCGUAUGAGACCGACCUGGCAGUCAUCGCCACUCAGAAUUUGGUUCGCAAGGUGGUGGCAGAGGAGAAGGAAUCCAUUUUCCGUGAGGCAUUCGAAAAUGUGGCCUCGGUCACAGAUCAGAACCUGAUCUAUGGAAAGGCUGGUGUCAGCCUAUCUCUGGCGCUUCAGCAGUUCAUUCUGACGACCAACAAGUGUCUCACAUGGGAUGUCACAGACCCACGCGACCCUCGCAAUAUCUACAAGAAGUGCCCCCAUUGCGACGCUGUCUAUGUGAAGGUGGCUGGUUGCAUACACAUCUAUCAGUGCGGGGGAGAAGGUCACAUACCUGAUGCUGAAGCACCCAAGACUUCCGAAGCGGUGGCGGCACAAUUUGCCCAAGAAGAGGAGACGAUUUGGGUCGAGUACGUUAUCAAUGGAACCGUCUACGUGGCGGAGGUCGUGAGAGAGAAGCUUCGAGGUUUCACCAAAACACUUGUUGCACGGGCAAGGACACAGGAUGAGGCCCGUUCGAAGUUAGAGAGUGCUACGGCCAAUGGUACUCGUGAGCUGAACAUUUUUUGUGGAAACAGCUUCAAUUGGAAUGAGGCACCACCCCUCAAUCCUGAGCAACUCGCCAAGCUAGGAGAAGUCCGACCAGAAAAGGCUGGCGAACUUGAGGUGCUCUCGAAAUCUAUCUUUGAUAAGCGUCUUCGUGAAACCACUGAUAAGAACAAGCAGCUGCUCCAAGAUGGGCUCAGGUCCGAGGGACUUGAUAUUGCCCCCCGCGUGGCCUCGUAA